AUGCAGUUCUUCAGAAAGUUACUGCUUGACUAUUUGGAGAGCAAUACAGCAAACACAGGGCCUAGUCCUCUUUCUAUACCUGUUUCAUUUACCAGGCUGGCAGAAGACAGCGCAGAGGGAAAGGGGAUAAAACGCCGAGGAAGCUGGAGGCGUGAGCUUGAUGAAAUUGAGGCCCUUUCAUCCAUAUAUGGUGAAGACUGGUGUAUUGUUGAUGAAGAUGAAAAAAUCUAUUGCAUUAAGAUCAGUGAUUGUCUGGAACAACCAAAAUGGACCCUCUGUCUGCAGGUAGUUUUGCCUCCAGGAUAUCCAGCUGCAGAGCCGCCUAUUUAUCAGCUAAAUGCCUCUUGGCUUCGAGGACAGGAUUAUGUGGAACUAGCAAAUAGCUUGGAAGAAAUAUACGUACAGAACCUUGGUGAAAGUAUUCUUUAUUUAUGGGUGGAGAAGAUACGAGAAGUUCUGAUAGAAAAGGCACAGUCAUCAGAUCCGGAACCAGAUAUUAAGAAAGCUAGUGAAGAAGUUGAUGAAGAUAAUGAAAAUGGUUUUCUCCUGGAUUAUCAGCCGGUUCAGGAAGAUUCAGUGAAAAUGUUGAAUUUUAUUACCUCUGAAAGCCAGGAAGAUGAAGAACUGCCAUCGAUACAUCAUGGAAACCCAAUCACAGACCGAAGGAGUACCUUCCAGGCACAUCUGGCUCCUGUGGUGACACCUCGACAAGUGAAGAGAGUUCUUGAAAAAUUAUAUGAGAAUAAGAAAAUUGCGAGCGCUACCCACAACAUAUAUGCCUACAGAAUAUACUGUGGAGAUAAGCAGACCUUCUUACAGGAUUGUGAAGAUGAUGGGGAGACAGCGGCAGGGGGACGCCUUCUUCAUCUCAUGCAGAUUUUGAACGUCCACAAUGUGUUAGUUGUGGUAUCCCGCUGGUAUGGAGGUAUUCUGUUAGGACCAGAUCGUUUUAAACACAUCAACAAUUGUGCAAGAGCUAUACUUGUGGAAUACAACUAUGUACGUUCAGUGGAAGAAUCAUCUAAACAAGUGGGAAAGAGCAAAAGGAUAAAGAAGGACAACAAAAAGAGAAUGGAACAUUAAUUUAUUCUUAAAAUAUUAAAAUAUAAAUAUGUACUUUGCACAUAUUUAUAGAAAUGAAAUAUUGGACAAUAUUGCCUUAUCCACAACAGACAUUUUGUAUUCAAAAGAAAAUUCAGUAAAGCUAUAGAUAUAUUUU